UCAGAGCGACUACCCAGUCAAAGCAACAAGGCCGGCUUGCUUCACCUGUGUGCCUAUAAAUACGUCUCCUCUAAUGAGAAUUGACUGGUGAAGUGUAUCAUUUUGAGAGUCUAAAUUCACCACUCUAUCCUAUGGGGCUUCACCUUCCAGCAUCCUGUGUGUGUUCUCGCUGAGUCUCUGCUCCAUUUCCACCAUAGUUUCUAGACCUUUCCGUAGAAGCUGUAUGUGUAGUACGGCUGGUAUCUGUGGUGUGUUCAAGUUUCUUGAGCAGUUUCGGAGGACUUCGAUACAAGAUUGAGGAUGCACUGGAGCUCCUGGAACGGUGGCUAUAAUCUGUGACCUCGGAACCUUGAGGAGGAUAUCUAUAUUAAUAUAGAAAUAAGUUCAGCGUCGCCUUGCCUCAACUUCGUUAGUUGAUCGCACCACUCAAGGUGCUGACAAAUUCCUACGCCAUCUUGAUUUUCGCGCCAGACGCUGCACCUCCUGAUCAGGCGUUGUUGCACAAAAUCCUCCCCAUUCGUAGAAUAUUACUUUCGAACUCUUUGUUUCCACCUGAUACAUCGCAAGAUCCGUGAGAAGGCUAAAUGGAGAACCAAGAGGUAUUCACUUACUACACGGGAGGUCCUCCUCCGAAUUGGUUGGAUAGGGAUUCAUGGUAUGCCCCAGUUACGGUGGCCCCAGCUGAAACAAUGCCGCCGGUUGGACUGAGGAAGCUGGAGUUGAAAGUGGACAUGUGUUGCAUGAAAUGUGCGGAAAUUGUGUCGGAAGAAAUCAGAGAAUUACCUGGAGUGCUGGAUGUACAGGUGGACUACAAGCUCAAGAAAGUGACAGUGAUUGGGAUGCCAUUCGAACCUGAUGUGCUGAAACGCGCGAAGAAGGUGGACAAGAAAGCACAUUGGUGGCCUCCGCCAGCGCCCGAACCUGCACCCGCACCCCCUCCACCUCCCCCACCCGCACCAAUAAUAGUUCAGUGUAACUGCACCUGCAAAUGUAAGCUGGAGGAUCCCCCCAAGGAAGAGAAAAAAGAGGAUGAGAAGAAGGAAGAAAUCAAGGAGGAAAAGAAAGAGGAGGAGAAGAAGGAAGAGGAGAAGAAAGAGGAGAAGAAAGAGGAGGAGAAGAAGGAAGAGAAGAAAGAGGAGCCCAAGAAGGAAGAAGAGAAGAAAGAGGAGCCCAAGAAGGAAGAGAAGCCUGCACCACCACCACCAGCUCCUGCCCCUACACCACCAGAGCCCCAACCGAGGAUAUUCCCCCCCUUUGAAUACAAUGUGGGGAACUUCCCCAUGUAUGACUACCACCCCAGCCAAGCCUACAACCCUCUCCUCCCUUACAGCCCUUACCCUUACGCGCGCCCCAUCUACUACGAUUGGCCCCACUUUCGAACUGCAGAAGGCGCUGGGGCUGCGUUUCUUCCACCUCCCAAACCCAGUGCUUACCAAACCGUCGGGGACUUCUGGAACAUUUUCCAACCUCCGUAAAGAACCACCCCGUUUCCCUCAUUCUCACCUUCCUUUGUAUAUGUUUACACUGAUAUAGUUGGUAGUUUUGUUCCGUAGACUUGAUCAGCUUUCCAUUGUGUGGUGUGGUAGGAGAUCCAAUCUCGUAAACUGGAGAGUGGUUAUUCCUAGUUGGAACCUUUGAGGCAUUAUGUCCCGGGUGGCCACGCUUGAAUCUUGUACUCCUAGUUCUAUGUGGGUUUGAGCAAUAGGGGAGGGAGGUGACUUGAUCCAACUGAGGUCUACCUCUUUGCGAGCUUGGUCUUCCCUGCUAUGUACUGGUUGUACCUGACAUUAGACAGAAGCUGGAGAGCCGGAUUUAAUUGUUUAAUUGGCCGAUUCUUGAAGAAAAAAGCCAAAAAGAAAAGAAAAAGAAUUAAUGAGUCUUUGCUAUGAAAGGCAGGACCGACCUCAACAUCAUUAGGGCGGUGGUGUAAGUUUCCUUCGCAGCCAAAGGUUUUGGAACCUCUACUUCACCUGUGUGCUCAUGGUGCAGAGCCAAGCUUUUAAUAUAUUUUUCCCAGUUCGUACCCUUGGUUUGACCUCUUCGCAGCUGUUCUAAGAAAGGCAAUAGACAUGGAAAAAUUGCAGUGGUAUGUUGACGCCUUUUUCUUGAAAAAAGCUGAAAGGACCAAAGACCUCUUUGGGACCACAUUCUGAUCACCUACUUUUAUCUCCUACUUCAGGUAGUAUAGUCACUUCAGAAUAACUAGAGCCAGAUGUUAUUGCAUCUUCAGGGAGACUAUUCUCCUCGUAUGUCUUAUGGAAAGAACCAGGGAGCUAAUUAUAGUUCCAUGUAGGCCACAGUAUCCUCCAGUCACAGCAAGGAGUUUGUGUAGGUUAUUUAGGAGGAGAGCACCUGGCGGCCGAUGUCGUAAAUCAAAAGCCGUAUCUGAAACGCGAAGAUUAUUGAAUCAAGAAGAACCCAGCCUGGGAUGUGUGUAAAAAGAAUUACUUGCGAUAAUAUGCAACAAUUUCUGG